CCACAGCAGCAGACGGCUGUAGAGUUUAGUAGUUCGUGUCAUGCGUUUGUACGGUAUUAUGUUGCGUUUUCUGUGUAAUAUGUUAGUGAUUUGAUGGUGGAGACAGGAAAUCACGGAAAGACGCAUAUUGAGUGUGUGGAUUAGGAGAGCACUCAUGGACUCCAAGGGAACUAGUUGGCUGAAAAAAGAGAAGAAUGAAGUAUAUGCUGAACCAGGCUCCUUGGUUCAGUUACACACAUCUACCAUGAAAGUAAAAGAAGAAUUGGAUGAGCAAGUGACCCAACAGUUUCUUCAAGAUCCACCAAGGAUUGUAAUGCCUAGUCUUCAUAUAAAGCAAGACCUAGAACUGAAACGGGAUUUAGAUGGCAUUGAGCAUGAUUGUCUUGAAGAUAAUUUGGUAAUCUCUCGGCCAAAUGAUUUUAUCAAGGAGGAUCCUGAACUAAAUUUGGAGGUGGCAGCCUCAAUAAGAAAUGCAUCUGAUAGUUUAAGAAGACUAAAAAGGAGCUUUACGAUAUUACAACGUACGUCAGUCCCAUUUAUAACAUUGGUUUGCAAUAACAGCACAAACAGCAAAAGUGGAAACUAAAGCCCUCACAUUAAAUACU